AUGAAAUAUAAAGAAGUAUUGAGAUUUUCUGAAGACCUAGUAGUAUUGGCUGAAAUUGUUUUCUAUAGUUGGGGUAUCACAAUUAUUAAGAGAUAGAGGAAACUUCCUCAUUAUUAUUUUAUACUUGGAAGCACUUUAUAAGGGAUUUCCUCCUUUUAACAUAGAUUCUCAAAUUUCACACAAAUGCUGCUGUUUUAUCUGGGCUAUAUAAUCAAGGGGAUAUCAGUUUGGAGUUCUACCUAAGAAAAUAUUUCCAUCUCAUUAAAUGUUCAUCUGAUUAUUCAAUUCAAUUUUUCAAAAGAACAAAGCCUUUAACAACGAAGUAUGUUUUACUAUGCAUUUUUUUUAAUUUGCAUUAAUACAUUUAAUUAUCUCUCUGUGACUACAGAUAGCUAUUUUAUUUUCUCCCUUGAUAUCAUUUUAGUAGUCUUGGACGCCAAGCACCUUUCCUUAAUUUUAGAUAAAAAUGGUGGAAAGUCCUAAUACCAUUAACCAAAUAGCACUCUUAAUACUACUACAAACUAAUAAAAGCUUGGGUAAACAUUUCAAUUUGAAUCACCUUCAGUGAAAAGUCCAAAAGCACCAUUUAAUAUAUAUGAUCGAUUUUCAACCAAGAAACUUACAUUUAACACAAAAAUGGAUGUUUUCGAGUCCACCAUAAGGUUAGAAGAUUAUUUAAAAAAAGUAUUUGAGAGUGAUCCCUAGAAAGGAGAUUUAAUUAUUCAACAGGAAUUUUUUUAAUUAUCAUUAUUAUACAAAUAUAACGACAUUACACAUAAAAUUAAAAUAUCAGACUUUCUCUCUGAUUAUUACGAAGAAUUAUCCAACGUUUAUUAUUUUUCGAUUGAAGAUAAUGACACAUUUGAUUUUAGAGACACUGUUUUACUCAUAGAAUAGGUUAAAAAUAGUGAAAGUGAAACACUCAUUUAGUUUUUGUUUUUGGAUGUCCCUUAAAAAUAUUAAAGAAAAUAAAGUAGAGUCAGAAAAUAAUUGUUUUUUGAUAUGUGUAAAUAAUUAUCACAUGAAUUAGGAACCAGCCUAAACUCCCUUAUGACAUUCAGUAAUUUAGCUGCUGAAGAUGAGGGAAUUUCAGAAUAAAUAAAAACAACCUAUAUAUACCCUAUCUUAAUUAAUAGCGUCUAAUUAAAUCUAAUUAUCAAUAAUGUAAGAGAUUUUACUCAUUUGGGGUUAAAAAUAUUUCAACUUAAAUUAGAAGAGAUGUAAAUCAUCUAAACAGUAGAAUUUAUCAAUACUUUAUUCGAAGAGCCUCUUCAAAGUAAAGGAAUAGAAUUAUCAGUUUAAUAUCAUUUAAAGAACAGAUAUUUAAUUACUGACAAAGAGCGAUUUGAAUAAAUUUAUUUUUAGUUAUUAUCAAAUGCUAUUAAAUUCACUUUAUCAGGAUAAAUAAGAGUUAAUAUUUAUAAUAAUGCGGAUAGAUUUAUUUUAUCAAUUGAGGAUACUGGCAUUGGUUUGAGUGAAGAAGAGGAACACAAUCUAAUUUACUUAUUGGAUAAGGAUGAAUUUAUUAAAGUUUCUGAUAGUUAAGUUGGUUCUGGGAUGGGAUUAGUCAUAUCUAACAUGAUUGUCAAAUAACUGAAUAGAGGGGUGCCUAUUAAGUUUAAAAAAUUGUUGAUUGGAACAUAAUUUUAUUUUGAAUUGCCUAAUGAUAUUUAGGAAACAUAUAUUUCAAAUUCAAAGGCGUUAAUAGAAUAUUCUCAAGGGUCAUAAUCUAUCAAAUUGCUCUCAUAAAAUUCUUAUAUAGAAGGACCACUAGGGUAAUAAUCUCAUGUUAUAUCAUCAAAUAUAUCCUCCUAAAAGUUAUAGUUCAAAAAAAAGAGAAAAGAAACAAAAUCAUAUUCUGUAGUUCAUCAUUUUGAAGAUGAAAUUGAAAGUGAUGUUUAAAGCGAAUCACAUCAAAAUAAUAUUCAUUUUUUACCUUUUUUUUAAACAAAAUAGAAGAAAGAUAUGUUAGAAUAUUGUUUACAAAGUGAGUGUUGUUCAAGAGCUAUGAUUGUUGAUGAUGAAUAUUACAAUAUACGAUGCCUAAAAUUGAUUAUGCAAAAAUAUGGAGUAUAGUGUGAUCACGCAUUUAAUGGUUAAGAUUCUCUUGCUUAAAUUAAGUACAAAAAGGAAAAUCCCUGCUAACAUUGCAAUAAUUAGUAUUAUUUACUUAUAUUUUUGGAUAUUAAUAUGCCUAUAAUGGAUGGAUUUCAAACUAUUAAAAUUAUUAAAGCAUAAAUGAAAUCAGAAGAAAUUAAGAAAGUUUAUUGUAUCGCCACAACAGGAUUGUGUGACCUCUAGACUAAGCAAAAAUGCUAUGAAAAUGGAAUGGAUUAUUUUAUGACUAAACCACUAAACUAAAGCUUGCUAAAAGAAAUUCUUUUAACAUUUUUUCCAACUUUAGAAAUAAAGGUUACUUGA